AUGCUAAGUCCACAAUACAACACAACUACCCAACGAUACGCACUGGCAAGCCAGGCGCGCACAAAGCUGCUAAGCUGCGCAGCUCAAUCCAAGAACACAGAACUAAACCUGCGUGUGCUGGUAGGCCACGCCAACUUGCUGGACCGCGUAAUGGGAACACUCCAGGAACCCAAUGCGGCGGGCGACGACAAUGAAAGCGACGAAGAUGUGGAAGAAUCGCAGAUCGCCGAGUACGAAAGCGACGACGAAGAAGGACAGUUCGACGACGAUAGCGACAGCGACAACGAUUACGUGAUCGAACCGCAGCACGUGACUUUCUCGCUACCCGCGCCUCCCAGGGCAACGGUCUACGAAUACAACAGUGACAGCGAAGAGGACGACGGCGAGAAUGACAGCGACAGCGACAGUGACUUUUACAACGACAGUGCUAGCGAGCCUGAGGAGAACUACGCUACCGUCAAGCUGCAUAGACCAAGCCAUUACACGCUAACACGUGACGGCGACAUGGCCAAACCAUCUAACGGAAACCUGCUGUUGGUAUCAAUUCCAGAAGAGAAUGACGACGAGCUUGACGUGGACCACCACGGUACGCCGCGCCAGCUAUCGGGCGAAACCGCAGCGUGA